UUUCCAAACAAUUCUUUGGUGGACAAAUGCUGUUUGUUUACCCAUAAUUGCUGUAAUUGGACUUUUUUGUAAUGGAUUAAAUAUUUUAGUUUUGGUUAGUACUGAAUUGGCGAGAAGGAUGCCCUCUUGGCAUUUUUUGUUAGCCUUGGCUUUAUUCGACUCUGCUUUUUUAAUUUUCGCUGUUCUAGAGCUUUCUUUACCAAUACCUUUAGAUGGCCAACAUUUACUAAUUUCUGUACAUACUCGUUUUGUUUUGUUUAUUAGAAUGUUUGCUUCUGCUUUUUAUAAGGCUUCAAUUUUAAUUGUUGUCGCUUUUAAUGUUGAACGUUAUUUGUAUGUUUGUAGACCCCUUUGGGUUUAUAGAAGUGGAAUUUUGGAAAAAAGAGCUGGUUGUGUUGUUGUUAUGGCUUUGGUUAUUGGAUUACUGUAAGGGGUUAAAGGGGGUUUUUAAAUGGGGACUUUCAAACCGGGAACUGGGAAUGCCCAAAUUGGAAUUAGAGCCCGGACCUACGGCCGGUGCGGAAUUCUGG